GGUUACAAACGAAACAGUCUCUACCCUACCCUUAAAGAAUAGGACAUGCCCCUUUUUGGGAAAUCCCAGAAGAGUCCUCAGGAAUUAGUAAGGUCCCUGAAGGAGGCAUUAGGGGCAGUUGUCAAGGGCCAGGCUGGGGAAAAGAAAGCUGAUAAGGCCACAGAAGAUGUGUCAAAGAACCUGUCAGCUAUAAAGACCAUUCUGUAUGGAGCGGGUGAUCAAGAACCCCAGACUGAGCUCGUGGCUCAACUCUCACAGGAAAUUUACAACACGCACAUAUUACUGACCCUAGUACAACAACUUCCCCGCAUUGAUUUUGAGGGCAGGAAAGAUGUUGUUGCCAUCUUCAACAACCUUCUGCGCCGACAGAUUGGUUCUCGCACUCCUACUGUCGAAUACAUUGUCACCAAACAAGAAAUUCUUUUUGAUCUUAUGAAGGGAUAUGAGAACCAAGAAAUCGCCUUAAACUGUGGUAUGAUGCUGAGGGAAUGUUGCCGAUAUGAGGCUCUGGCUAAAAUUAUGCUGUUCUCCCCAGAAUUCUACAGCUUCUUUGAUUAUGUAGAGGUGUCAACAUUUGAUAUUGCCUCAGAUGCAUUUUCAACAUUCAAGGAGUUGCUUGUGAAGCACAAAAUGCUGUCGGCAGAAUUCCUGGAGAACAAUUAUGAGAAAGUUUUUACGUCCUACCAGAGAUUGCUCAACUCUGAAAACUACGUCACUAGGCGACAGGCCCUCAAGUUACUAGGAGAACUCUUGCUAGAUCGACACAAUUUCACAACCAUGACGAGAUACAUCAGUAAUCCUGACAAUCUGAAGCUGAUGAUGACCAUGUUACGAGAAAAGAGUCGCAAUAUACAGUUUGAAGCCUUCCAUGUAUUUAAGGUGUUUGUAGCAAACCCAAACAAACCAAAGCCCAUUCUCGACAUUUUGUUACGGAACAAAGAAAAACUUGUGGACUUUUUAACCAAAUUUCACACAGAAAGAUCAGAUGAUGAACAGUUUAAUGAUGAGAAAGCAUAUCUUAUAAAACAAAUAAAAGAACUGAAAUCACCCGACGAAGCGUCAUAGUAAUGAUGGGAUCUAGUUGUCAUGGUUGCCAGCUCUAGAUUAUACAUCAGUCACAAAGAAGUCUCUUCCUGUGCCCUUUGACCUUGACCUUUGAUCGAGUGACCUAAAAUGUACCAGCUGAGGUCUUGCACUUAUACAAAUUCUGUUCAUUUAGGAUUUUAUGGAAAAUUCAAAAUAUGAUUUGCUUUGCUGUAUAUACAAAUAGUAUGCAUAUGAUAAAGGAAUGUGAAUCAUUUCUUAACCCCCCAAAUAGGUGUCCUGUUAUAAGGGCCUGAAUUUGGAGUGCUACUAGAUCUUUGGUGCCAAGGUGUUCGAUAUUUUUCUUUUAAGUUACUCUCUUGCUUGUCAUCUGCAUUCAAUAUAUUUUGUCUUGGCUUAAUCAUUAAUUAUAAUUGACUUUUUUAGUAUAAAUUUUUUUUCAUAGAAUGAUAAUGUAUGCACAUGUAAGUGAAAAGAAAAAAGCUACAUUUAAAAAGGAAAUAUUUAUGGUUAAAAAAUGUGAAUUUUCAAAACUGGUAAAAGGAUUAGAUUCUCGUAUAUUCAAAAAUAUAAUUGUUCAAAACAAAGUACAAUUUGUGAAAAAAUACAUUGUGUUGUGAACAAUUUGAGGCAAGUUAAAUCUUUGUUAAAGAAAUUUAUAGUACAGCUGUAUUGUAAUGUGAGUUUUUAUGUUGUCUGAUAAUUCCUCAGAAAAGCUGUAUCUUUUGCAUUGUGAAUGAUACACAUAACAUGUACGUGUGUCUGGCCUCAGAAAAGGGUAAGAAACACAGUCUUCGAUUUUUAGUAUUUUUGUUUAUCACAGAAAAAUAUAACAACCUAGGCUGGGGUUAUAAUUUUUGUGAUGAGGGAAAUAUAUGCUGUCAGAUGGCUGAAAAAUGCGAAAAAAAAAAUGUUCUUCAAAAUUAAUUAAUUAAUUAAAAAAUCAAUUGCAAAAUUUUGUCCAUGAAUCCAGUAUGUUUUGUUGUUAUCCUAUAUAUGCAGGAAAUUCAUUAAUUGUGUCUUACUUUAAUUAACUUCUGUACACUGUAUUAUUAUUAGUAUUUUUUCUUUUUCUUUUUUUUUUUUUUGCUGAUGAACAUUAAAAUUAAUUGAUUGAAAAGUUAAAAUUUAAGUGCUACAUAUUGCUGAGCUAAAUUAGUUAUACACAUUUCAUGUUUAUUAUCAUACAGUGUUUAAUAUGGGAAAAUUAAAUAAACCUUUUAGGAUUAAUUUCAUAGGCCCACGAAACUUUUGAAUUUCUGUGUAGUGUCCUCUGAUCACCUUGCCAAUGGCAUACCUGGUGUGUACAAGGUCAGAAUUUGUAAGUCUCCCACUAUUUCUUUUAUGUUAAGAUGAAACUGGCGAGAUGUAUAAUACGGUCUGUAUAUUAGACCAGAUGUGUAACUUUUUUAUGAGUAGCUAGUUUAACAUUUAACAAUGUAUUUAAUUUCAUGUAUUACUCAUCUUAUUGGUAUUCUUAAUAGUGCUAAUUUGAAAUCUUUAUAUGACAUUUAUUUGGGGUGGGGUAGGUCUUAAGACAAGCAGUUGUGACCAUGUAACCUAAGGAUUUCUUAUAUAAUGGCAUUUACUGUAAAAACUCUCUUGAUAUGGAUUUAGACAGUCACAUACCCCUUUCCCGCAAACACCCCUCUCCAAAGGUAAAAAUCAAGGGCUUGAAAUUUAUUUUGUUAUACAAGAUUAAUUUAGUUCUGCCUGAAACAUAUAUAUUUAAUUUCAUAAUUAAAAAAAGGCUUCUUAGUUAUUAUUUCUCUGUCAUCAGAAAAAGUGUGUAUGGAAAAAUAAGGCCUCCAAUUUUUGUUUUUAGAUGUUCAUUUUUGCACGGGAUAUUUUUUAGCUUUAAACUUUUCUCUUCUUCUUUUUCAUUUUUUUUUUCACCUUAUAUUUAUAUUUUCUAUGCUUAGAUUUUUUUCUUUGGUUAAAAAUAAUGUAUUUUCCAAUGUUCCAACAUUCAUUUCCAUGUAUUUGAAUUACAUGUAGAUACACAUUUUGUUGUGCAUGUAUGUGGGUUAUUGAUUGGGAGCUAAGUGCAUAAUGUGAUUAUUGUCCUAUGUGGUAAUUAAACUUUGUGAAAAAUAAAUUUAAACAUGUAAUAGACAGUUUUUUUUUUUUAGCUUAUAUUAAUAAAAUUCAUGCUUUGGUGCAAUUCAUAUGGUUGCCAUGCAGUCAAAGUCUUUUGAUUGAGAUUAAUUAUACAUACACCAUAUCUUUGAACAAAUUGAUAAAUAAUUAAAUUUGAUUGUUUUUUAAAGUAUUGAAUACACAUAUUAACCUAGAUGUUCUGAACACAUUUUUUUUUUGAAAUCUGAUUGUCAACUUUCUUUUUAAAGGCAAAGUCUUAAGCUCACUCAUUUUUUUUCUUGCAAUAUAAACUGAAAUCGAUGAGUACAUGUACUAGUAUAUACAUGUAUGUAUCUAUGUUAAAAUAAGUCUGUUAUAAAUAUUUUAAGUAACA